GCGAGCCCUGGCCUCGGACCCUGGGACUCGCGCCUAGCGACCCUGGAGUUGGCGGCCAGGUUCCACAGUGGGAUGCCUGUGGGGGCCGUGGGCGUCGGCGGUGGGUGCUGGAGCUGAGGCGAUUUCUAUGUGGCGGGUUUGGACUCCCACGAAAAACCCUGGCGUCUCACGGAGCCUCUCUGCUUUCCCAGUUCUGCUCCGAGAGGCGCCCAGGAGGAGGAAUAAUGGCUGCCACUUACCAAGGGGUGGUGGCGUUCAGCGAUGUGACGGUAGACUUCUCCCGAGAGGAGUGGGACUACCUGAACUCUGUGCAGAGAGUGUUAUACAGAGACGUGAUGUUGGAGAACUACAGCAACCUGGUAUCACUGGGACUUUGUAUUUCUAAGCCAGCUGUGAUCACCUUACUGGAGCAAGGGCAUGAGCCCUGGACAGGUGGCCAAGUGCCAGCUAGAGGCCAGUGCUUACAUAAGUGGCAGAAGUCAAGCGUGUUGAAGAAGAGCUUUACAGAUGGUGAUCCAUCUGUCUGUGCGGAGGUGACACCUUUGAGGCCGGAAGAUCAACCACUGAAGUCUGCAGCCAAGAAAGGAGCUUUAAGGGAAAAAAUUAGUAAUAUAGACUCAUUCCCACUGGAGUUCAUGGGAGGAAUUAUAAGGUCAUGCUCAAGUGUCCACGAUAUUUGGGAAUGUAAAGAUCACUUUGAGGGACCACAGUCUUAUCAAGAAGCACAUUUCAGUCAGACCCAUGAAGAUGUACCUGCUUUCAAUCAACAGGUACCUCUUACUCUGUACCACAGAAGUGGAAAUGAGGAGAAACCAUAUUACUGUACAGAAUGUGGGAAGGCUUUUAGUCGUGGCUCACAACUUACUCAACACCAGAGAACUCACAGUGGUGAGAAGCCCUAUGAUUGUAGGGACUGUGGAAAGGCCUUCAGCUGUGGUUCAGCACUUUCAAGACAUCAGAAAAUUCACACUGGUGAGAAACCCUACGAAUGUAAGGAAUGUGGUCAGUCCUUCAGCUGUGGCCCAUACCUUCUGCGACAUCAGAGGAUUCACACGGGUGAGAAACCUUAUGAAUGUAGACAAUGUGGGAAGGCUUUUAGUUGGAUGUCAUAUUUUUCUCAACAUCAAAGAAUCCACACUGGUGAAAAACCCUAUGAAUGUAAGCAGUGUGGAAAGGCAUUUUGUUGGCGGUCCCAUCUUACAAAACAUCAGAGAAUCCAUACUGGGGAGAAAUCCUAUGAAUGUAAGGAAUGCGGGAAGGCCUUUAAUAAGACUUCAAAACUUGUUCAACAUCAGAGAAUUCACACUGGAGAGAAGCCCUAUGAGUGCAAAGAAUGUGGAAAGGCCUUUAUUAGGAGCUCAAGCCUCAUUCAGCAUCAGAGAAUUCAUACUGGUGAAAAACCCUAUGAGUGCAAGGAAUGUGGAAAGACCUUUAGCUGUAGCUCAUACCUUUCUCAACAUCAGCGAUUUCACACUGGUAAGAGACCCUAUGAAUGUAAAGAGUGUGGAAAGACCUUUAGCUACCACUCAAACUUCACCAUCCAUAAGAAAAUGCAUACGGGCGAGAAGCCCUAUGAGUGCAAAGACUGUGGCAAGGCCUUCACCAGGAGCUGGAACUUCAUCCGACACCAGAGGAUUCAUAAUGGUGAUUAACUCCACGAGUGCAAAAAUAUGUACAGGAUCUUGUUUGAUGGUUUUUGUUUAAAAACUUGAAGAUUAAAAUAGUAGAACAUCCUGUAAUGUAAUUGUUGGGAAAAGCAAUCAAUGGCUACAAAUUUUUUCAAGUCUCCAAAGAUCCACACUUACAACCUUACUGUAAAUAUUAGAAAAGUUCUUAUUUGAGAGUAACUUUGUGAUUUGAUCUCCUUAAAUUGACUAUAGUUUUGUUUCAUAUUCAACUUUGCAACCAUUUCAGAUUUUAUUGUAAAGUAUGGUGUAUCUAAAUCAAUAGUUUAACCACAAAUUCUUAUUAAUUCCUUUAUUGCACGUUUGCACUGCCUCCUGUUUAUUGUAUUGUUAUUAAUAUUAACCUGUGUUUUAGGACCUUCUUUUCUCUUAUAGAUACUCAAGGUAUCUGUACUUUAAGUACUUAAAUAUCUAAAUUUGAUAUUUUUAUAUAAUGGAUUUGUAUGUCUGUUUUAGAAAGAUGGACUUAUUUUCCCUUUUAUAAAAACACCACAUCAUAUUAUGUGAUAGAAAGAAACACAAGGGAAAUUUUUUUUAUUUCUAUCAAAAAAUCCACUGUCAAUGGGAUCCAAUGAAAUGUGUUUAUGAAAUAUUUACAUACUAUAAUACUAUAUUUUUGACUACCAUUUCUAUGCCAAAGAAAUUUUCCUGUCAGUAGAUAGAUCUUUUAUAAUUGUUAAUGGCUUCAUUGGGUUCCCUUUGGUGCUGUAUUUAUCAAACAUCGUUGAUUGUUUGCUUCCAAGUUGGGAAGAUCAUGAAAAAUAUCCUAGAUAAACAUUUUUCUAGACAUUCCUUUGUAUAUUUAUCUGGGUUUUUUUUCUUUUUUUAGGAAAGUUUUUAUUGCAAGUAAUGCACAAAUAUAAUUCUUAUGAAAAAUAUUUAAACAUAAAUUCCUAAGUUCUUGUUUCAUACCUAUCCUGAAUCCCUGUAUACUCUCCAAAUGUAAGCACUGUUAUUAAUCUUUAUGAUUGAAAAUCUUUUAUCUAUGGCUUUAAAAACUGUUAAUGUUUUGUGAUAGUACAUUUAUGCAUUAUGAAAUAAGGGUAGAAAUUCUGCCUCACAGUGUGUGAAAAUCAAGUAAAUUAAUAAACCUAACAUGCUUAAAACUGUACCUGUUUUAUAAUAAAUAUUAAGUGAAUAUUGGC